AUGCUUUUCCGAUCUUUCGGCGUCGCCAUUUUGGCCGCCUUAUCGGCCGACGCUGCCUGUGCUAAGCCAACAUCUCCUCGAUAUGUCAUGUAUUAUGAUCAAUACCAUACCAGCGGUACACCCGACAAGUCGAUUACCUCCGGAAUCACCCAUGUCAUUACCGCAUUCGCGAACUCGUCUCUGUUUGCUUCGGAACCGGCCGGCAACUACACCCCGUUCAAGUCCUUGGAGGAGAUUAGGCCUCUCUUCGACAACGGAACCAAGGUCUGCAUGGCUAUCGGAGGAUGGGGAGAUACCGAUGGAUUCAGUCUCGGUGCUGCCAACAACGCUAGCCGUCACAACUUCGCCAAGAACGUCGCUGCGUCUGCGGUCAAGCUCGGAUAUGAUUGUGUUGACGUUGAUUGGGAGUACCCUGGUGGCAACGGCGCCGACUAUAAGCAAAAGCCUAACGCGAACAAGACCUCCGAGAUCAACACUUUCCCCCUGCUCCUGUCUGCCCUCAAGACGCAGUUGAAGCAUCACAAGAUGGAACUCUCCGUCACGGCGCCAGGUCUUAAGCGCGACAUGAUCGCCUUCACCAAAAAACAGGUUCCCAAGAUCAAUGCGGCCGUUGACCACUUCACGGUCAUGUCAUACGAUCUGAUGAACCGUCGCGACAACACCACUCGCCAUCACACCGAUAUCAAGGGUUCUUUGGAUUCGAUCGACACUUACAUUUCCCUUGGCGUUGAACCGGCUAAGGUCAACCUCGGCUUUGCUCUCUACGCCAAAUGGUUCACGACUGCCGCGGGCUAUAACUGCACUUCGCCUAUCGGUUGUCCGACUGUGCUUCUCGAGGCCGCCGACGGAAGCGACACCGGGAACUCCGGAACCGUUACCUUCGAGACGGCCAACUUUCAAGAAGCCCCCACCAACCUGACUACAUCUACCGAUGACUCUUGUGGUGCUGGUACUUUCUUCAAGUGCCCUACUGGCAACUGCUGCAGCCAGUAUGGUUUCUGUGGUGUUACUGCUGCUCACUGUGGCAACGGCUGCCAGUCUGACUACGGUGUCUGCAACGGCACUUCGACCCUCAAGUCUUUCAAGACCGCACUCGCCAAUGGCAAGACUGAUGAAGUUAAUGGCGGGCAGUGGUACUGGGACCCCUCCGGACCUUUCUUCUGGACUUGGGAGACACCUGCCCUUGUGACUCGCAAGUUCAACGACAUUGUAAAGGCUCGUGGCAUUGGAGGCGUUGCUGCAUGGAGCUUGGGCGAAGAUUCUUAUGACUUCAGCCUACUCAAGGCUAUCCAGGCUGGUGUUAAGGCUUGGCCUAAGAACUAA